UGUAUACCCUUAAACUAUAAGCAAGCGAAAUGAAGUUAAACUACAAGCUCACAUUACUAGUGCUGAUCAGCUGUUUGUACGGCAUUACCGAUGCCCAAAAUCGUAUUGUCGGUGGCACAACCACGAAAAUCUCAAAAUAUCCAUAUAUGUUAGGGAUACUACAGGCGGACGGUACAUACUUUUGUGCCGCUUCGCUUAUCACCAGAAAAAAUGCACUCUCAGCGGCGCAUUGUGUGGUCGAUAAGCUAGUUUCGGAACUAAUUGUUGUCGCCGGCGUUACGGAUCUAGGACAAAAAGGACAGCGUCGAGGUGUGAAUCGUAUGUGGAUUCCGGAAGGAUUCGAUUUGACUCCCAACGAUUUCGACGUUGCCGUGCUCGAGUUCCGCAGACCCAUGGUUCUCGGUGUGAAUGUGGCCAUCAUACCGCUGGGGAAGACCCGCCUUAAAGCUGGCAUGCGCAUGCGUGUCAGCGGCUGGGGAAAGACAAGCGAAAACGGGAAGACCGCCGCAACUAAACUACAUACGGUUGUUGUGCAGAUCAUUGGGUAUGACAAGUGCGCCAGUCAGUAUGAAAAGUCCAACACAAAAAUAACAUCAACAAUGUUGUGUGCCGGACAUGGCGAUAAAGAUGCAUGCAACGGUGAUUCCGGCGCACCAGCAGUUGUUAAUGGCAAGCAGUAUGGCAUAGUGUCGUUUGGCAAGGGUUGUGGACGUAAGGAGUAUCCAGGUGUCUAUACAAAAAUAAUGAAUGCAGAUGUGCGCGGCUUCAUUUACGAUUGUAUUCGACAGUGAGCGCAAGGUGAAUUUUUACUUAAUAUUUAUUAAAUGAAGCUUCGAAUGUGUAUGUAAAUAUAUA